AUGUCAGGUCGAAGAACUGAUCCUGUAGAUAAAACAGCACCAGUAUAUGAAAAUAGUGUUUAUAUUUUAAAUACGGAAACUUAUUCAUGGAUCACAUCAUUUGAUUCAUCCAAUAAAACAAGCAAUAAAACAGGCCAAGGUACUACAACAAAUGGUGAUGGAGUGUCAAAAAAUGGGGAUGGAGUGUCGAAAAAUAAUGAUUCAGCAGACA